CUGAGCCACAACAGUGCAAUCACAGCAUGCACACUAAUUGCAUAAAUUAGUUUAUUGGCAUGGCUUUAACACACAAUCAACUUCUAUCACCUAUAUGUUGUUGUAUACAAAUAACUGUUUUAUUGUCAGAUAUUGGUGCUCGCAUUCCAUGAAAGUCAGCCUGUUCGUAUUUUCCCAUCGCAAAGAUAAUAGUCCUCCACUGGUAAAAUAAUGUUUGUUUGUUAAACUGCAUGUUUUUGCAGGCUUAUACUCCCUAUUAGUCAAUCAUGGUACUUUAUACUCUGUACAGUUUUCAAUAGAUAAGCACUAUUUUCACUUUGUUACAGUAAACCAGUGAUGUACGUAUUAGCUUGGGUAUACAUUUUGUAUGUGGCCGUUGUCUACUGAGUGUUGAGAAGUGCCAAACACUAAUGUUAUGUUGUGAGGCUAAUAAGUGCAAGCACACAAGGGUGUGUACUAACUGAACAAGUUGGCUCAGAUGUUGUAUGGUUAGUCAGUGUUCAAGCCAAGUAUUUUAGAGCUACGUAAGAAGAGAUGAGGAUCUUAUUGUUAGUGCUAUGUUUAACUGUCUUGAGAGGGCAACUUGGUGCUGCUGCCGUUAAUUCUAUGAUAUCAUGUAAUAAUACUUUUACAGUUACAGUUGGAAAGUUAGUUAAUUUGACUUGCAGCAGUAACUCUGACUCUGUUUGGACAUGUAUUAAUAUUAAUGGGUCGUGCAGCAUAACACUACCCUGUAACUCUUCUGCUUCUGAUAUCGCUGUUGCUGCAAUCGUGACCCCCCUUCUCCUAGCCCUGGUAGGAGGGAUCAUAGCCACAAUCAUUCUGAUAAAGAAGAGACGUAAAGUGAAAGUAUUACUUCCUACGUUUGGAAGACGACUUCAACAUGGAGUACAACAAAGUUUGAGCAGUUUGACUGUAAGAUUCUCCCGAAAGCCUAAUUCUACGUUAGACAUGGAUAAUCCAACGUAUGGAACAGAAAGCGGGCGUGUGAAAACCACCGCCACUAGUCCUAAUUUACCUGUGUACGAGACCGUGUUCGUGGUAGAGAACCAAAAUGCAGAGACUGACGAAGAUAUAAAUUAUGAUGUCAUUUGUGAGCAACCUGAAAUUGAAAGUUCUCACGAUUAUGACACAGUUUGUGUUGACACUGAUGCUGAUUACGAUACGAUUUCAAUUGAUGAUGUUAUCGAGGUACAAACCAAACCCACUUCCACAGCAUAUGCCAUUAGUGCUAUUUCUUUGGACACCAAAGAACCUGAACCACCAAAGAAGGCCGGAAAAUAUGUCACGAGGCGCAUCAAUAGUUUGGAAGCAUCCAGUCAAAAGCUAGGCUCCAAAAAUGGAAAGCACAAGAAACCAGUUCCUCGGCCAAAACCGAAGUUAUCGUCAAAAGAUGUGUUAGUGAAGAGUGCUAGUGUGUCGCAAGUCGAGAAAUAUUCGCAAGUUGAUCCCAAGACCAAGUAUGCAGAACUAGAGCCACAUAUCGUGAAGCAAGGUGGUGUGGAGGAGUCUAUUACUUCAGACCGAAAGCCUCAACCUAAAGAUGAGUAUUCACACUUAAAGCAUUAGUACAAUCAUGUAUUCUUUUCUUUUGUCAUUAGUCUCUAUUACAACCUCGACUUGUAAUUAUUUUCUUUUAGAACAUUUUCUUCUAGAACAUUUUCUUCUAGAACACAUUUUCUUGUUUUUGUCGUGUUGCAAUUAGGAGUGUUAUAUCUAAAUUCUUCGAUAUGAAGUGUCUGUGUUAUGACAGGGUAUGAAUAAUGGUAAUGGCCUUUGAAGUUGCCAUGCAUGGUCAGCCCACACUUGUGUGUAAUCAAAACAGCUGGAGUGGAUUACCCACCACAGGAAAUUAAGUGCACUGUGUGACCACAAGAUUGCAAUUGUUUUGGCAAGCAUCCAUCAGUUUUCCCUAUCUCUUCAAACAUAGCAAAUUUGUAUGUGUGUUAGGAGAUGAUUUUGCAUUUAGACUUUUCUAGAUGGCUGCUGUUUUUGUUUGUUGCAUCAAGUUUUAAAGAAACCAAAACAUGUGAGGAUGGUGAUAUUCGUCUUGCUGGAGGACCUAAUGAUUUUGAGGGCAGACUGGAGUCUUGCAGUGGCUCGACCUGGGGGCAUGUAUGUGGUACUGGUGGAUGGGGGCGCACUGAGGGUGAGGUGGUUUGUCGACACCUGGGAUACCUUAGUGGCACCUCACCUCUUGUGCAAUCUAUCGCCGCUUCAAGGAUGCAUUAUGGUGCCCAAGAAGGACCAGCCUUUGUAAAUCAAGUACAGUGUACUGGGAGUGAAUUAGCAUUUGAUAAUUGUUCUAAAGAAGUAAUAAACGAGACGGGGUGCUCUACCCUGGGGGGAUUCGUUUACAUUGUGUGUCAAGAUCCAGAGUGUGAAGGUAGUGCUCCCGACAGUGUGCGGCUAGUAGGUGGACUGUCUGAUAGUGAUGGCAGGGUAGAGGUAUGUGACAAUGAUGGUCGCAGGAGACAAGUGUGUCAGGAUGGCUGGGACGAUCAAGACGCUACUGUAGUGUGCAGAACACUUGGAUUUCUAGAUGGAUUAGAUGCAGUCUCUGUGACAGGAUUGCUCAUUUCUGUUACGCUUCCUGCAUAUAGCAGCGUCAAUUGCUCGGGGAGUGAAGAGUCUUUUACUCAUUGUGUGCCUAGCACAAGUACAAAACUGACCUUCCCUACUAACCAGUGCAAUGGCUUUGCUGGAGUAAUCUGCUCAGAUCCACAGCCAAAUACACCUACUCCAAGUCUUUUUCCUUCAUCUACCAUCGGAACAACAUCUAGUAUCAGCCGUCCAUUAUUGGGUUCUUCAACCAAAACACAACCAACUGGAUCACCAAACACACUCCGACCAGUACCGACUGUUCAACCAACUGGAUCACCAAACACACUCCGACCAGUACCGACUGUUCAACCAACUGGAUCACCAAACACACUCCGACCAGUACCGACUGUUCAACCAACCCCAGGAGCAACUGAUAACAUGCUACUCAUCAUUGUAGUCGGAGUUGUGGGUGGUGCAAUUGUGUUACUGCUGUUGCUGGUAUUGAUAUUGUUUAUUCUCAUUCUUCUGAGGCGUAAUCACAGCUCUGACAGGUAUAACGUGUCUCCGGAGAAUAAUAUGACAACUGCUAAUGGAGGAGCUAUGAACAAUGGAAAUGGACACCUGGAGCAUCCUCCAAUACCACUGGAAGAUUUAGAGAAUUCGAUCAAAGAAAACUUUCAGCCACUCCCACCCCGACACAGAACAUCGUCAGAGUAUGACCACGUCCUUUUAAAUCCUCUCUAUGGUAACAAAAUGAGAUCAAGGUCCAAUACUAUCAUCUCCGAUCAAUCUUCCGUCUUCGAAGACCCUGGAUAUUCAGACAUAAAAGGGGCCAUACGAAAAAGAUCCUCACUUGAAAGAACUUUAAACGAUAAACUUAAUCCGUACAGUACUCCAAGUGACACCAUCUCACAGAAAAGCCAUUCCCCACGACAGGUUCAUUCAAAUACUGCCUCCAAUCGUGAUCUAAGUCUUCAGCCUUAUGUCGACGAGCAAGGCUAUGCCGCUCUUGAAAGUCAGUCACAUAUCUAUGAUGAAAUGAAUGUGAAUCACAUGUACGAUGAUGUGCAUAGUGUAUCAGCUUUGUCCACGUCAAUGAGGCAAAAUCUGGUGCCCACUAAUGAGCUUCUCUUGUCAGCCAGUCCGUACGAAAUGCCGGCUAUAGGAUCAGCUAUCAAUGCACCCUCGAACGAAAGUGUACUGAGAGGCUCACUUCUUUCUCCUGAGCACAAGUUUGGGGUUGCUCGUUCAACCCCUAACCUAAGUUUAAUUUCUCCACAGAGGGGUUUCCGCAUUCCUACUCAUGCAGGGAUUAGGCCAGGGAAGUCCAACCCAAACAUUGCCUCACACGAGUACAGAGAGCUGGAAGAUAUUGCAACUCGAACAUACGAUUCACCAAAAAAUGCUCGAGGCUACGAAGAACCGGUUGUCGGAACUGACAAUAGUCGUGAAUAUGAAGACCCGAUAAUGGUGAGGGAGCAUUUUGAAGUGAGGGAGGAAGUGAGGAAUUACGAGAGCCCAGUGAUUACAAUAACAGGAGAAAGGGAGCAUGAAUACAACAACACAGACCGAGCAAAUACAGACCGAGCAAUGGAGAGAAACAUGGAGCUAGAAACAAUACCUGAGUAAAUUAAUUAUCAUUCUACAAGAACAUUCAAUUUUGUGUAUGUAAUGUCUGUUUUUUUUACUUUUUUCUUUAGUGAUCUUUAACCAUUAAUUUUUUUCAAGUGA